UUAGCUGGUUUGACGCGGAGACACAUUUUCACAUUAUACAUUUGUUAUACUUUGCGGUAUUACGUCUACGCUUCUCUGAUAACGCAAAACUGCGUUUCCGUGAAUAUAAGAAUGCUAACGUACAAAAUCAUUUGCAUUUGCGCCUUUGCGCUCAUCGCGGCAGACGCCGCUGCCAUUCAAGAUUCAAAUUCGAACGAUAAAAAAAUAAAUUAUCGGCUACCUAACCACACAAAACCGCUAUCCUACGAUCUUAAAUUGAACCCGCACCUCACUCCGGACAACUUUGCAUUUGAUGGCGAAGUACAUGUUAACAUCGAGAUCCUGAGCCAGACGAGAACUCUCACGCUGCAUAUGAAAAAACUGAUAAUAGACGAAAACGCAACUUUUCUGAAAGCCAACACUGACCUUUACUUUCCUACCUCAUACAACAGUAACAACCUAACCGAUUUAUUGACUCUUGGUUUUGACAAGGAAUUACCUGCUGGACAUUAUACUUUAUAUCUGAAAUUUGCCGGUAUACUAAACGACAAAUCAUAUGGAUUCUAUCGCAGUUCUUACAUCAAUGACGCGGGAGAUACAGUAUGGUUCGCCGGGACAAAUUUUAUGCCGACUUAUGCGCGCGCUGCUUUUCCUUGUUGGGACGAGCCGGCAUUAAAGGCCUCUUUUAAGAUUGCCGUCAAACACCAUCGCAAUUGCACGGCCAUCUCAAACAUGCCGAUUUCCGAAGAGUCAGAAAUCGAUGAGAGUGACGAAAAGAUAUGGACACAUUUUGAAGAAUCGCCCGUUAUAUCAACGUACCUAGUCAGCUUCCUGAUCUCCGAUCUUCAUAAAAUAAGUAAUUCCGAUGGCACCAUCAACGUCUGGAGCAGAUGCAACGUAAUUUCCUCGACAAGUUUCAUCCACGAAGUCGCCCAGAAAGCGGCGAUCGAAUUGAAACAAUACACCAACAGUUCCGUUCGGUUGCCCAAAAUCGAUUACGUUGCUCUUCCUAACAGAUCUGCUAUUGCCAUAGAAAGUUGGGGGCUUAUCACCUACAGGGAAGUCGGAGUACUGUGCAAUGAAGAUAGUCCAAUCGAUGCAUUGUAUACAACUGCAGCAGCCAAUAUCAUACAUCAAUCGAGCCAUCAAUGGCUCGGCAAUGUUGUUAGUCCUUCCUGGUGGACUGAUAUAUGGCUGAAUACAGGACUUGCUGAAUAUUUCAAACAGUACAUUGCUGAUAAGAUAUAUAAAAAUUGGCGAGUUAUGGACCACUUACGUUCGACAACACUGAAUUCAAUACUUCUUAUGGACAAUUUUGAAUACGCACAACCACUUAAUUUAGAGCCCAAUACUAUUGAAGAAAUUAAUUCAAAAUUCAAAAUAUAUAACAGUCUCAAAGCUUCUCAGCUUUUACGAAUGCUUUCACAUUGCCUCUCCGAUGAGGUAUUCCAUGCCGGACUCGUCAAAUAUCUUAAUAAGCACAAGUAUGGCGUAGCCAAGCCUGAAGACUUAUGGGACGCUUUGCAAGAUGCAUUUAAAGAAUCAGCAGUACAGAACAAAUUCAAUAUCCAGGACGUGAUGAACACCUGGAUAGGACAAAAAGGAAACCCUCUUAUAACAGUAACCAGAGAUCAACAUACUGGAAAGACGAAGAUCACACAGGAAUACUUUCAACCAAAAUAUUUUGAAAAUAUGAGUACACGUCAAAAUACCAAUAAUGCAGACAGUGCAAAAAGGUGGUGGGUUCCAAUAAAUUUUGCAACUCGCAACAAUCCGGAUUUCUCGUCAACUUUAGCUACGCACUGGUUGUCACCAGAAGCUGAGGAGCUCGUGAUCGAUGGUAUCGACCCGCAAGAUUGGAUCAUUGUGAACAUUCAACAAACUGGUUUCUAUCGUGUAAAUUAUGACACAACAAAUUGGUUGAAAAUUGCCGAUUAUCUGGAUUCUGAGAAUUACACAAAAAUUCAUGUACUGAAUCGCGCAAAAUUAAUUAACGACGCGAAUUACCUUAUGUUCACGGACAAAUUAGAUCCCAGAAUUUUCAUGGAAGUCACAAAAUAUUUGAGACGUGAAACGGAUUACAUAGUGUGGUAUUCGUUGUUUGAAUUUUUGGGAGAUUUAGCCAAAAUAUUUGCUUACAAUGGAGGAGGUGAAUUGCUUAAGCCGUACAUCUUGGACUUGAUGAAUAAUGUAGUAGAAACUGUAAUGCAGUUUCACCCGAAUGAAGAUUAUUUCACAAAGUUGAAAAGAGAAGUUAUAUUUGAAGGUGCAUGCGCUGUCGAUCAUCCUACGUGUCUACAUGAAACCUAUAAACAAUUAACUGUUUAUUUAAAAAAUCCAACUGUGUUCACAAAUAGAACUUCGUUCCCAGAGAAAAGUUUGACAUUCUGUAAUGGCAUAAAGCAAGCGAAUGAAACUAUUUGGAAUAAACUGCUGUAUAUGUACAACACGAACAUGGCUGGACCCACAUUAUACUCCCUUGGAUGCUCUAAAAACCGGACUAUUAUUGAGAAAUUUCUAAAUAUGACCAUAUCAGAAGAGUCAUCACCAAUCAUGAAGAGUGAUAUUCAUCGUAUUAUAGACUCGAUAUUAAGAGGAGAUUUUCCAAAUAUUGAUAUGGUGAUAGAUUUUAUUGCAAAUCAUUGGGAUAAACUUAUAACUAGAGUUGACGAUCCUGAAAAUUUGUUAUACGAUCUUAGUUGGAGUGUUGUAUCCAGAAAGCAAGUCCAAAAGUUACGAGCACUUGUAGAUAAGCUUGGAAUAAAAGAACCACAAGGCCUAUUAAAAUUCAAAGAGCAACAUAUGGAACUGAUGGAGACAAUAGUAAACAAAAUUCGUUUGUGGUUAGAACAUAAAAGUUCAAACCCACUUACGAAUACUACAUUACAAUGAAUUCAAUAUCUCUUUAUCGAUAACUUCCACCAAUUUACAGUAUGAAGAUUUCACCAUAAUAUGAAGAAUCGAGUCAACAGAAAUUGUUGUAAUUUUUACUAAUAAUAUUAUGAAUCAUUAUGUAUCAGAAUGCAAAGCGAUAAAAAAUCGGUUUAUAGAAUUAGGUAAGAAUAAUAAAGAAAGAUUAGAGAGGCUUUGGAAUGAUGAAAUGGGCAUCAUCAAGGAGAAGAUAUUGGUGAGAUUAUAUAGAGAACGGUCAGCGUUAGAGAAAGAAGAAC